AGUCGCUUUGGAUAAAAGCGUCUGCUAAAUGAAUAAAUGUAAAUGUAAUGUAAAUGUAAAUAAAUUUCUGAUUGAGAAAUUAGAACACUUCUAGAGUUGUUUACUCAAAAUAGAAGCGUGCUCACGGGGAAAGUUGUAGAAAGACCUUAAAAUAGGGUUUAUCAUCAAAAACCAUUAAGACGCUCUGGAUAAGAGCUUCUGCUAAAAAUGACUAAAUGUAAAAUAUUGUCGUUAUGUAUGCGUUAUUAUGCUAUGAUUACUGCUCUGGCCCACUUGAGAUCAAAGUGCACCAUAUGUGGCCCCUUACCUAAAAUGAGUUUGACACCCCUGCCAUAGAAUGUUUUGGAUUCGCGCCUUGACCUAUGUUGCAUGCGCGUAUAUUAUCGAACGUUCUAAAAAAAGAAAGAAAAAAUGGAGCGCUUCUUGAUCAGACCUGCGAGUGUGAGGACACCUGAGGUUAAUCAAACAGUCUCCGUUACCAUCUCUGGUUCUAAGGACUAAAUUAACUCACCCAGCGACCAUAGAAAAAUGGAAACUAGAUUGGCUUGGGGUGGAGGUAAAUGACGAGAAAAAGACACAUUUUUUGUAAAGCCUGUCGAACUUGUGCUCAACGAGUUGCUGCCAAAGUCGUCAGUCCAGCACAAGCAAAUUCUUCCGCUGAUUUCAUCAAGGGGAGUGAAAAUAUCAAGAAAUACGUGGCCUUUUGUCACCAGGCGACCAAACAACACGCAAUCGCCUUCGGUGAGUGAUAACUUCAUUCAUUUCAUCAUUGAUUUGUCGGGCCCUGUCAUAGCCUAGGGCUGUCAGGCCCUGUCACACAGGACUGUGACCAGCCGUGACAGGGCCUGAGGUGACAGGGCCUGACAGUCGGCCAGUUUAACCAUAGAUAUAUGAAUUUAACUGCCAUUAGGCCGUGUUUCACACUUAAUUUUUUUUAAGCGCUGCCUUCAGAGCCUUUAGAGCGCUUUCACCUCAGUCUACAACUUUCAUGUUGAUCUAUUUUGGGGGUACCGGUAACUACGGUAGAAGGUUACUACCUUACUACCUCGUCCUGAUUGGUCAGUUGUCAGAAAGGCGCUUGACGUCACCCAGCGAUUUUCUAAAAAGUUGAGAAAAUUGUACUCAAAAAGGCGUCCUUUCCCCAUAGGGUUGCAUGUAAAAAAGGCGCUGGCACUUGAAAAAAGAAGUGAAGUGUGAACACGGCCUCAGCAUGCUAGCUUCCUUGCGUCAAAACUGAUAGCUUGUAAGCAAGGCAUUUCAGUAACAUUUUUGGUUUUCCAAAACCUUUAUUCUUUUCUAGGAUAUUUAAGUGUGACAGCAACUGACCCUGUAGCUGGUCCUCUUCAAAAAAAAAACAUGCAAAAACAAGCUUUAAAUUAUAAGUAAUUGAGAAAAACUAAUCUUUAUCAGUGACAGCUUCAACUCAGUCAAAUGAUGUCACAUCCGCUGAGUCAUAACCUUAAAGGCAUAUUGCACUCUUUGUAUGUCGUUUUUAUGUAAUGUGACAGGGCUGACCGAAAACAUGGAGACAGUUGUAAAAUAAGCAUGGAGUAAUCAGCUCAAUGACAGAGAGCCAAUUGUGGAAGCUGUGAAUCUGAUGCAGAAGACAGCGUUCUGCAAAAUGGUCAAGUUGUUUGACAUUGCUUACCAUAUUGCUAAACACGAGAAACCAUUUGCUUACUAUCCAUCUCUUGUCAAACUGGAGAAGCGGCAUGGAGUUGAUUUGGAAAAUGCCUACAUUAACCCCAAACAAGCAAGGGUUUUUACCCAGUACCUCGCAGAACAAAUACAUCUUGAGGUUAGCAAGCAAGUACUGUCUUCCAGAUAUAUCAGUGUCCUUGUUGAUGGGAGCACAGACAGGUCAACAACUGAGAAGGAGGUCCUUUAUGUGAAAUACCUGCAUAAAGAUGGUGUCCCUCGCAUGGCAUUUGUGGGAACUGAGGACAUUGAGAGUGCCACAGCUGACGGCUUCCUGCAUUGCAUCCGGUCACUGUUAAUCUCCAAGGGCAUCCCUACCUGGACCGAUCAUCUUGUUGGUUUCGGAGCAGAUGGAGCCAGCGUUAACUUUGGAUGCAGGCAGGGCAUCUACACAAAGCUAAAAAUGGACAUGCCAUGGCUAAUAGGCAUUCAUUGUUUAGCUCAUCGUUUGGAGCUAGCCUGUAAGAAUGCCUUCCAGGGAACAUAUUUCAAUCAAGAGAUUGAUGGGUUCCUAUCUUUCUAUACAUCCUUCUAUCGAGGGUCAGGGAAAAGAAGACGGGAGCUGGACCGGCUGGCUGAACUGCUCGACGAGUCUGUCCUGACACCCACUAGGGUAGAUGGGACCAGAUAGGUUGAUCACCGCAGAAGAGCCCUUAAAGCACUCGAGACGAACAUCCCUGCAGUCAUCGCUCAUCUAAGUGAGGUGGGAAGUGAUCAGCGGCAAGAUAUAAAGAAAGCAGAUGCUGCAAGAGUGAG